UCUCUUGUCCUGGACAUUUUCUCCAGGCUUCACAAUGACCUUCAGGCCAUCCAUUUGAAUGGUGUGUGCUUGGUUGUGUACACAGUGGCUGCUCUUGUUGCUGCAGCCUUGCAGGGAAACGGAUACCUGUGCUGCAUUGGCUUCACUGCAGAGUGUUUGGGGGGACAUCAGGUCCAUACAUUUGGCUGCAUUGUGCCUGUGACACCAUGGCGAAAACAGUCACAUCUUCCAGUGCAAUAACAGGUGAAAAGAUGGCACCGCCGUCCAUCACUCUGCUCCCUGAGAAGAGAUCUCCAACAAAUGGUCACAGCUCUUCGGCCCGAACUGGAAAGACUACUCCAUCGAGCACAGAGAAGAAGCCGCAAAUAAAUGGACACGCGUCCCCUUCACACUUAACAGCUAAUAACCAUGCAGGUAAACAAAUUGCGGAGGGUUAUAUGAAGACGGACGACAGGAUGCGAUUAGCCAAAGAGAGACGGGAGGAGAGGGAGAAAAGCCUGGUGGCCCGGGAGCAGCUGAUCAGGGAGAAGGAGUGCAGAGCUCGCCUGCAGUACGAACGCACAGUGGAGGAGCGCUGGAGGCGGCUGGAGGAGCAGCGGCAGAGAGAGGAGCUCCGCAGAGCUGCAGUGGAGGAGAAGAGGAGGCAUCAGCUUGAAGAGGACAGGGAGCGCCUGGAGGCCCUGAUGAGGCGCUCUCUGGAGAGAAGCCUUCAGCUGGAGCAGAGGACCAAACGCUGGAGCAGAGGCUGCCACGCAGGAGGCGGUGACAGUGACAAUGCCCCACUCCCUUUCUCUGCUGUCUCCGCCUUUUCCCAUGGCAUUGCCUCCCCCCUUCCUGCUGUCAGCGAAUCUGCGCCCUGCAGCCCUCACCGGUCCCCUUUCCGCGGCUCGCUGAACCCUGCAGAUCACAACAGAGCUGGACUUCAAGGAGGAUCGCAGUCCACCCCCAAUACCCCCAAGAAAGAGCGGCUGCGCAGAGAGAGAAGAACUGCAUCCCCAGGCUGUGGAUCCCCUCUCAGAAGAUCUGAAUCCCCUGCAAGUGUCACAAGGCACUUGGCGUCCCCUACUACCUCCAAGCUGGCCUCGAAAAUGCGUGCCCAGUCUCCCUGCAAUGCACAUCAGUACCAUUGCUCUCCUACAAGGCAUCGUCAAAACCGGUCACCUGAUGAUAGGAAAGCAGAAGACAAGAAGGUGGAGAAACACAACGGACAAUCCUCAGCAGUGAAUAAGAAUACGGACAACAACAGCACAAUUCCUUCUUCACAAGAUGAGAAGAAUGUGGUCAACGUUGAAAUCACUAAAUCCAGAUCACCUAAAGGUGAAUCUUCGGAUAUGCAUCUCAAAAGUGACAAUAACCACACGUCUCCUAAAGUGGAUUCCUCAGAGAAGAAGACACACAGCAACGCUCAGGACGGAGAUAAGAAAAAAGAAUCAGCACCGUGCGCCUCUACAGGGAAGGUGGCAGCUGGCACAACAAAUGCAGAGGAGGCCACCAAGUUGCUGGCAGAGCGUAGGCGUCAGGCUCGAGCUCAGAAAGAACUGGACGAGAAAAAGCGAGAACAAGAGGAAGAAGAACGACUCAGGCAAGAACAGCUGAAAAAGCAAUUCGCACAGGAGAAGCAACAGCAAGAGGCAAAGGCUCAACAAGUCAAGGAAAAGGGUAAAAUCGAAGAAGAUCUUCACAGGCUUAAAGAAGAAAAAGACAGACUAAUGAAGGAGGAGCAUGACAAGGAGCUACAGACUCAGGUGGACAAAGAGAAAGAGCAAGUCGUGGCUAAGGAGGAAGCCGAGCGCCAGCUGCAAGACAGAGAACUGCAGAAGCAGCAAGAAGAGGAGGAGAGGAAUCUAAGAAAAAAGAGAAUUGAAGAGAUCAUGAAGAGAACUCGGAAGGCCGAAGCUGAAAUGAAGAAGGAGGAGCAGGUGGAGACUAAGCCCGUCUCCCCACCAGGUGAAGUAAAGACUGUUCAAACUAAAGCUCAGGUGAAUGAGCAGGCAGUGAAAAAGGUUGAGUUUCAGGUUAAAGAGCAUGUCUCAGUCAACAUGAAGGAAUGCACCCCGGUGAAGAAAGAAGCGCCAGCAGCACAGAUGGACCAUCAGAAGAGUGUGCAAAUGACAAACAACACUCAUCAAAUGACAGCAUCACGCAGUGUUACUGACAAGAGACCGGACACCAGACACACCAGUGAAGAGCCCGGCAGCCCGACUAACAGAGAGGGCAAGGCCGGUGUCCUCAAGCAACAGGGAAGAGAGGUGGUGAUGAAUGUAAAUAAGCAGCAGGGAGCACAUGUUAAAGAGCAGAUAAACAAAGAGCAGACAAAGCCGACAGCAGAUGCCAAAGUCAACCAAAGGGAGGGUAGUAUGAUGAAUGGAGCAGUUAAGAGUGAAGGAAGUGCCUUGAAGAGAAGCCAUAUAACUGCUGAGGUAAGCAAACAGAGGAGCCUGCAUCAUGUGGUGACUGCUGCUAGAGGAGGGUCCCAGAUGGAGAUGAUGAGUCCCUCUGUGGCGACCCUGCCAGUGGGACACCCGUCGCCGCCAAUCAUCAGGCUGGAGCCUCUAAAUGUGAAGGGGACGGGGUCUUCUGAUGAGGUGCAGGCCAUGGAGGUCAGCCCAGCUGCUAAGGAGGAACUGAUUUCAAUCACAAACUUCUCGCCAGUCAAUGAAAUCCAGCACAGCAGUGUGAGUAACAGCCGAGCUCUGGAAGACCUGAUGGACCUGACAGGCAGCGUCACCUGCUCCAAACUGAGCUCUGAGGGCAACAAGGGCGACUGCAACAAGAACCUCAUUGGGGGGGUUGUGAGUCCCAUGUCUGACUCAAAACUCAUUGUGAUGUCGCCUCCUUCUUCAAAUAAACUUAGCAUCAAGUAGUCUGUUAAUCUUUUAAACGUGUGUCCCUGUAUCACUUCGUUGAUGGGAAUAGAGCCAUAGAGAUCAUCAUAACAGAAACUGUAAACUAUGACUUUCAAUAUAAAGAAAACAUAUAUUCUAUAUUCUAAUCGCAUAGCAACUGACCAUUGAAAUUAUGUGUCCACGAUUUGGUUUAUUCUACUGUUCUUAGGAGAAAAAGUGUGUGUGUGAGAUGAGCGGGAGAGGUGUGUCUGAUGUGUGAAAAAAGAGGACAAAAAAAGGCAAAAAUCAGGGUUUUGAAUAUUGUAGACAUUAGGUAAACACACUAUUGCUAACGUAUAAUAACUCUAAAUUUCCCUGCACAGAUUAUUCACUGGGACCCAGUUCAGUCCCAGUGCAAAGCCUGCUCUGAGCAUUGAUGGCUGCAUUUGUUCCUCUGACUUAAAUGCCCCCUUAAGCCAUUAAAGUGUGUUGCUGAUGGCGAAGGCAUGAUUAUUUCAUUUUCAUGGUAGCCUCAUUGAAAUACUUCAAAAAUAUUCUUCCCAGGUAAUGUAUUCAUGCAUGUGUCAGAUUGAUUUGGCUGGAAGUUAAUGGAUAUAUCUGGUAAACUAAACUCCAGUGACUCUUCCUCAUCAGCGAGGUCUGGCCAUAGGAUUGAUCAUUUUUCAUUUGAUUAUCCUUUUUAUUCCUUAAUUGGAACUUUCUAAAUGCAUGUGAGAGAGGAGGUUGAUUCCAAAGCUGUCAAUUGAAUGUUAUUGCACAUUAAGAAAAUCAUGGCGUCAAUCAAAUGAUGGCCCACAUACUACAUGUUUGCUGCAGACUAGAGUGAAUUAUUUUUAUUUGGCUCUUUUGCAAAAUUGCAGUAAUUUAUUUCCCAGACAAGGCACCUCAUUUUCAGGGAUUCCAUUCAAGAAAUAGAUUUCUUACAAUGAAAAUAGUGAUGCCUGAGAAGCUUCGUGUCAUUUAAAAAGCUUCCGUAUGUGUGACUUUCUAUAUAAAAGGUUUCCAAGGCACAACACUAAUUGACGCUUUUAUCUAUAAGAAAAAUAAAGUUUAGAUUUAAAACAAGUGGAUAUUUGGCUGUUGAUGUGUAAGACUGAAGUGCACUGGGGCAGGAAUAAUUGCUUAGCAAUCCACUUGUAUGUGUAUCCUGUAGCUAUAAAGAUGCCGUUUAAGUUUCUCUCAAUCCAUCAGGCUGUAUUGUGUUGUCCUGUGUAGGAAAUAUUAUGUAGUCUCUCUCUUGAGAAAUGCAUUAAAUGUCUUAAUUGCAGUUCAUUUUCUGUGUCCAAAUGUUAUUCCAGUAGAGAUGCCUUACAGUAUAAGGAACUUAUUAGUUACUUUAUUUUUUUGCAAACCAUAUGAUGUUACCUGUAAUACUUGAAACUUUGUUUUAAAUGUUUCAUUUCUGCCAUAUUGCACAUUAUUAUGUCACGUAUAAAGUCAAAUUGAGACUUGUGUACCAACAUACAUAGUCUGGAUCGACAGAUGCUAAUUGUAGUAGCCAAAUAUGUAUGCUCCUUAUAGUAUUCGAAAGUUAGUGUUUGCUGUAUAUUUUGCACAUUUGAACAUUGCUGUACCACAUGAACUGAUUUUGGGAAAAGCAAAAGAGGAUAUACAACCAUUUCAUAGUGUAUUAUAGUUUGCUCAUACCCAUCCCAGUCUGCUUAACGUUUAAGUUAAAUGAUUACUGUAGACAUUGUGCAUGGUUAGCAUGGUCAUACCAAUGUUAUCUGAAACAAUAAAAUGUAAAACU